AUGACAAGAUGCCACCUAAAAUUAUCAGUACUUUUAACAAUGAAUAUUAUUUUCCAAUGAAUUCCAAACUAACUGAUGCAAGGAUUGAAUGCAAUGCAAAGAAUGGAAAUAUCGAAUACGAAUGGAAAAAGGAUGGAGUAGUUGUUCUGAACAGCAAAUAUGUAUCUGUGGACAAAGACACAGGAACCUUGAAAUUUAACCAGAUGCAGAGAACUGAUUAUGGGACCUAUCAAUGCUUUGCUAAAAAUGAUUUUGGAACUUCACUCUCCCCGCCCUUUGAAGUUAAAAUGUCUUCAAUGGGAGCUUUUCCUGCAAAAGAGCAUGAGGAAAUACAAUGUAAGGAGUUUGAACACUGUCGAAUUCCUUGUCGAGACAAACCAGAAUGUUCACCAGAUUCUGAGUGCAGAGUGGAGUGGAAAAUUGGAAAAGGUGCCAAGACGAAUGUGGAGUUAUCGAAGAGAGUGGGGGUGGAUGGAAAUGGUGACCUACAUUUUAUAUGGACAAAGAACACAGACUGGACUGGAUUAGACUACAAGUGUGGAGUGUGGCAAGAACAGCUCAAGAUGUUGGUUGUUGGCAGUCUAACGACUCUUAGAAUUACCGGUGCUAGAUUUACCCCCAGGUUGGAUCCAGUUCUGGUGUAUAAAUCCAAUGGUAAGGCCCAGUACAGAGGCGAGGGCGUUCUAAAGUGCAUGUUUUCAGGAUAUCCAGCACCAGAAAUUGAGUGGGUUUCUCCUGACGAUGAAGCCAUCAACAAUUCUGCCAAAUACGUCAUCAGUGAUUACAACAGGGUACUGACCAUUAAGGAUGCAAUGCCAAAUGAUGAAGGUCAUUACUCUUGUAGAGGAAAAGGCACUCACAAGAUUGACCCCCAAAGAGUUUUUCUUAAUGUUACCUCUGCUCCAGUGCUUAAUCCAGAAUCAGAAGAUCGUCAGAUGAAUGAUUUGUUGGUGUCAGUUGGAAAAAAUGCCACAUUUUACUGUGAGGCUGUAUCCUUACCCAAGGAAAAUGCACCAACUCCUCCCCUGUGGAUGAAAAAUGGAGCAGUUCUUCCAACUGAUGGAAACAAUACCGGUAAGUACAUUUUGAGCCCUGACCACGUUAUGCUGACCGUUACCAAUGUACAGAAAGGUUUAGACUGCGGAGUUUUUCAGUGUAUGUCUGAAAACAGCGAAGGUGUUCUGUUAAAGGAGGCUUUACUCAAAGUUAUAGAUCCCAUAACAAUAUUAGAGAGACCACAGGGAAACUACACGAUAAUGCCAGGCGACACACUAAGUCUAGGAGUUUUGGCUACAAGUGAACCAUCUUUGUCCUUACGCUUCAAGUGGACAUUUAUCAAUCUGCAAGGCGAAGAACAAGUGGUCGAAGACAAUGACAUAUGGAAGAUAUCCAGACCGACACAUAACAAUCUGACCAUCGACGUCAGUCAGGUUUCUGAUCCUAGUAUUGUUCUUGGGGUAUCAGGGGAAUAUAUCGUGGACGUUUUCCAUAACUACGACUCCGAGAGAAUCAAGGUCACCAUAGAAACAGAAACAAUCUCUAAAAUGGCUCCUCUUGUUCAAAAGGCCGAUCUGAGUUUUAUCAUCUACAUAGCAGUAGGCGUGGUAUUUCUAAUCAUCGUCCUCAUUGUCGUGUUCUGCAUUGUUCGCAGAAACAGGGGAGGAGUGUAUUCUGUUCAAAAGAAGGAAGUGGCAGCAGGUCAUGACCCUGAAAAAGAGCUGCUAGCGUGUGGUUUUCAAGACCUUUCAAGGACGGAUGAGGACGAAAGCCCUAACUACCCAGAGUAUGACGAAAACCAGAUUAUUGAUGACGACGAUGACAGUCUGGGAGAAUAUGACGACGAUCAAGAGCCAAACAAAUUCAACGAGGACGGCUCCUUCAUUGGGCUGUACGCCAACAAAAAGAACAAGAAGCCCCCGAAGUCGGAGUCUGACGUAUAAAGACAACAGUAUUAAUUUCAUACGAAUGACAUACUAGUAGAAGGGUGUGUGCACUGUGUGUCUUAACACCAGGGGGGAAAUGCCAACUACAUGAGGCUUGAAUUACAAAUUUUAUCUUGCAUUUUUCAUAAUAAUCCUUGUUAGUUUAGGUGUGUAUGAAUGGUUGAAUAAAAAAUGCAUCUGUG